GCGUGUGCUCGAGUGAGAAAUGCAGGGAGAGGCGCGCAGAACACUACCCUGACAGGCACAGCUACUGAGGGCACAAGCACAGCCGCGUAGAAAAAUAACCUCAGACACUUCUGCAAGGAACCGUUAAGAACUUAAUCGCGAAGAACGAAAAUGGGAGGCAAACUGAGCAAAAAGAAGAAGGGCUACAACAUGAAUGAUGAGAAGGCAAAGGAUACAGACACGAAGGUGGAGGGGGUGUCGCCAGAAGAAGGGGAGGCCCAGAAAGAGAACAAGGAGGAGGCCCCAGCAGCAGCCGACACCAAUGAGAUAGCCAAUGACAAGGCGGAAAAAGACGCCCAGCCAGUUGCCAAUCAGACAGCAGCCAGUGAGGAGGACAAAAGGGCGGUGCCCAAAGAAGAGCCCUCCAAGGCUGAGGUAGAAAAGCCUGCUGCUAAUGCUGAGCCAAAAGCUGAGGAACCCAAGACUACUGAGGCAGCCCCUAAGCAGGCAGAGAAGCCAGCCGCCCCUGCCCCUGCUGCAAGCUCUGCACCUGCCCCUGUCCCUGCUGCUAAAGAGCCUGCCCCUGAGGUGAAGGCCCCAGCCCCAGCACCACCAGUGACUGAAAGCAAAGCAGAGACCAAGGAUGAGGUGGAUGGGAAAAAGACUGAGGCCCCUGCACCGGCAGCCAAAACCGAGGCCACGCCCAUUGCACCAGAGCCCAAACCUACGGAAGCAGCACCAGCCCCUGCCACAUCUGCAGCCCCUUCUAAGGAAGUCCCCAUACAAGAGGCAGCCCCUAGUUCAACAACAGCCACCUCCGAGAGCGCAGCCCAGGCACAGGAGGCCAACGCCACAGAGGCCCCUGUUCCCAACAAGGAUCAAACCAUAACCAUGCAAGAUUAAUGGACAGCCCCUUUUUAAGCAAAACAAUGGGAAAAUAAAUACAACAAACAAAACAAAUAUAAUGAAAAUAGUGAAAUAGCCCACCCACAUUAUGAUUAUUAGUAUUAUUUUUCUGCUAUAGUAUUUGUACAUUGAUACAAGUAAUCUACACACUCUGACCCCCUUGCCACCCCCCAGUCUCCAUCCAUGCCCAUCAGGAAUCACCUUGCCUCCAUUUUCACCCAUACCAAUGUUGAAAGACUCUGCCUGAAAGGUCUGGGUCAAACCAUUGGUUUCCAUGGACUACCUACACUGCAGGUCUCUGAAAAGGAAAUUGAAUGGAUAAAAUCUACUUACCAAGAGCACAAGCACUCUCUAACUCCUUCUUCUCCAGGGUGCUAAUGCUCUCGUCUGUGCCUGUUGGGUCAGUGCUAAGACAGACUCAAGUUGUGGUUCUUGCUUUGUGUUACUGCUAGUGAUUUGUCUUUGGGUUUUUGCUGUGGUUGCUGUUGUGUUUUUUUUUCUGUCUGGCAUCCACAGGUCUGAGCCAACACUUUCAGGCAUGGUCAAAAGACCAUCUUGAUAACAGCACUGUCCUCUUUCUUUCAGUUCCUGAUGUCCCGUAUUUUAUUUGCUGGGAAAUAACUGACUUCUUCCAUUUUCAUUGUUCGCUCCUUUUUCUUCCUCUCUCAGGCUCA